UUCAUCACAUUUUCUGCACUCAUCCUACAGCCUCCUCUCCUCUGAUUGAACUGCUGAAAUGGCUUUAUACGGUAAAAUUGCAGUCGUGACUGGAGCAGCAAUGGGAAUAGGAAGAGCAAUAACGGAGAUACUCCUGCAGAACGGCUGCAAGGUAGCUCUCCUGGAUAUGAACGAAGCUGCAGGAAAUGAUUUAAUGGAAGUCCUUGAGAAACUGUAUGGAGAGGAAAGAACUCUGUUCCUGCAAUGUAAUGUUGAAUCAGAGGAGCAGAUCAAAGCUGCCUUGCAGAAAACCGUAGACACAUUUGGAGGAAUAGACAUCCUGUGCAACAAUGCCGGCAUUUUGAAUGAGCUCACGUGGGAGAAAAUGGUCUCCAUAAACCUUAUUGGUGCUAUCAGGGUAGCCUACCUGACUCUGGAACACAUGAGCAAGUUGAAUGGAGGUCAGGGAGGGGUCAUCGUCAACACAGCAUCCAUAGCAGGUAUUGAACCUAUAGCGAGCAGUCCUGUCUACACAGCCGCAAAGCACGGAGUGGUCGGUUUCACUCGAGCCAUGGCGACUGCUUCUACCGCCUUGGAGUAUGGAGUACGCUUCAACGCAAUUUGCCCAAGUUUCGUUGAAACUACCCUCCUCAUCGGCAUAGGCGACAGACUGGGCCAAUUCUCCGAACUGGACAAAAGCCCUCUUGAUAAAAUCCGGCUGUUAGAUGUAUCUGAGGUAGCUGAGGCCGUCCUUGAGCUGGUGACAGAUGGGACGAAGAACGGAGAGGCCCUAAUGGUGUUCUCAGAUGGAAAAGAAUACGCAACUUUUCCCUCAUUUAUCUAGUGGCUUGUUUGAAGCAGACAAGGAAUUUCUCAUUUCAUGAGUAGCCAAUACAGUGUACAUAAAAGGUCUAAGCUGCAGGCCUUUUGCAUCCUCUAAUGGUUAUCAUUAACCUUGCUAGUAACCAUGUCUAAAUUACAAUAAUUGUUUUUGCUAUCUGGAAUCCAUGGUGGAAGAAGUAUUCAGAUCCAAAUGAAUACUGAUGCCUCUAUGUGACCUACAUAAGUACACUAGACGAUCCCUGAGAAUAUUGGCUAUUUUUAUUAAGUUAUUCCUAAUGCCUGCCACUGGGUCGGAUUCCCCUUGAAAUCAAUGAAACAAGGAGGUGUAAACACUACCGCUUUUGUCCACAGGGGCCGCUAGAAAUAAUGUAAGUUCCUUGUUGCUGCUGUAGUUAAAUAAGUACAAAUACUAAACUGAAAAUACUUUGUUACACGUAAAUACUGCAUUCAAAACCUUUCUUAAGUAAAAGUAUGUAAGUAUUGUCUGUAAAAUGUAUGUAAAGUAUCAAAAGUAAAAGUACUCACUGCUCAGUAAAA